GACCAGUGACAACUCCCCCCACUCGGCUGGCCAAUCAGCACCCGGUAGAGCACAACCACGAACACCCUUGUCUUCUUUCAGGGCUGUCAGUCCCGCUCGCACAUUGUCCUUUCAGAGACGAGGCUCUGAACGCGAUACAUCACCAAUUGUAUCCCUAACGGCAAUGCGCUUGACGGUGCUGUGCGGCGUGGUGGUGGCGGUGGUGGUGGCAGCCGCGUCCCUGGGAGCAGCAGCGCCCAAGCAGAAGCCCCAGCCUCUCGCCACCGAGACUAUAGAUGGUCGCAAGACCACCAUCGCCCUCGCCAUCGUGCACCAGCUGAUCGGCCUCAUCCCCGACGAGACAGUGCAACAGCUGCUCUACGUCAUCCUGGAGGCGCUGACCACGGAAGACUUCGACUACUGGGGUGAGGUGAAGGACGAGGUGAUGUCGCUAGUGGGUCAGUACAUCAACGAGCACAACAUGAACCAGGUCGAGGUGUACCAGGAGGACCUAGUCACACUCAUCGACAGGUACAACGAGGCCCCUGCUGAGAGUGACAACUACCCCGACAAGAACCAGCAAGCGACGGCGCUCUCCACCUCCAUCAUCACUCACCGCUACCUGGUGGAGGCCGCCCUUCUCCCCGAGUCAAUGAUCAUCCACUUCCAAGAUAUUUCCUCAAUCCAUGUUGUGGUUCUCAAGGACGCAGCCGAAACCUACUCAUACGAGGGGUUGCCGCCAUCUCGCUGGUGGGUGGACCUGGACGAGGAACUGGACCAUUACAUCGUUUACGGGAAAGAGCUGAGAAAGAGCCUGAAGGAGACACGCUUGGCCCUGGUUACCUGCCACGUGGAUCGCGCUGAUGGCAUCUGCACCGCCUUCGAGUGGGCCGGCGCGCAGUGCUACGAUACUUUCACUGCCAUAGAUGCCGUGACUGGAGAACAGUCAGUGUGCAAGCAGCUUGAAGGAUCCAGCGACUGCGAGAAACACUGCGACCUCUUCCGUGCACACAAGGAACGCGAGGUGGACCUUUUCACGUCCACCAAGGUCAAUGACGUCAUCAGCGGGUGGGAACAACUCAAGGAAAUCGCCUCGUCCAACGCUGCUAUGGCCUCUAGGUAUUACAACCCGAGGAAGCAGCACUAAGCCACCACCACCGAGCACGAGGGCAUGGUACAGGCGAGGACGCAGCACACCCACCACCCACCUUCCCACUGCUGUGUACACCGUUAUUAAAAGUUCACCAGUAUUCUUGUUC